CGCCAGCUGUAGUACAACCUCAAAGAAGAAGACGAAGAAGAAGAAGACUACUGUAUAGUCAUGUAACAGUAAGCUUAUUAUACAAGGUUAUAAGGAAGAUACAUAUGAAUACCAUUUGACAUCGUCUUAUCUCGGUAGAGAUGCGAGUCCCCGGGUUCUGGUCCUUCGCAGCCCGGAGCUUCAGCCUCCAGUUUCCCGCCGCCGGGCCGCUCUGCUGCCGGCUGCUGGGCCCCAGCCAGGCCACAAGAAACAUGUCCUCCAAAAGAAAGAUGGACCAUCUAGAGAGAACAGCGGGCAACAACAGACAAAAUGCUCUGUAUCCUGCUGAAGUACGUGGCAUCAUUAACGAGUCGGAGACGGUGAAACGUUUGAGAAUAGCUGUUCCCCCAGACUUCAGCUUCAAAGCAGGACAGUGGGUGGAUCUCUUCAUCCCCGGCGUGGAGAAGGUGGGAGGUUUCUCCAUGUGCUCCGGCCCGGGUCUGCUGCAGAGGGAGGGCAUCGUGGAGCUGGCCGUCAAAUACGCAAAGCACCCCCCCGCCCACUGGAUCCACACCAUGUGUACAGUGGGCUCCCAGGUUGCCAUGCGUGUCGGCGGGGACUUCUUCUUCGACCCCUCGCCCUCUGACCCCUCUGUUGAUUUGCUGCUGGUGGCGGGUGGUGUGGGGAUCAACCCCUUGUACUCCAUCCUGCUGCACACCUCAGAUCUGCUGCAUCGCAACCAGGCCUCAGGGGGGCGGGACUUCAACAUAGGCUCCGCCCACCUCUGCUACAGCGCCAAGAACACCCAGGAGCUGCUCUUCAAGAGCUCCAUCAUCGCUGCGUGUCUGGAGUUCCCCGACAAGCUCUCCUGUGACCUCCACGUCACGCAGCAGAUCACAGAUGUUGACUCACACCUCCAGCCUUUUAUCAACCGUGGGAGAAUCACAGAGGAGGAGCUGCGUUCUCACGUGGACCUGCAGAGGACUUUGUGCUUCCUGUGUGGACCCCCGCCCAUGAUAGAAACACUUUCCAAAACCCUCCUAGACUUCGGACUCCCGAAAGACAGAAUCCUCUUUGAGAAGUGGUGGUAGAACCCUUUGCAAUCUUCAGGGGGAGGAUAUUGCGUGUGUGUCGAGAAUGAAAACAUUUAUGAGCGCCGGAGGAAAUUCACUCACGGAUCCCGAGCUACCUCAACCUGAUCUGCUAUACCACUGGGACCACCCACUAUGCAACUACAAGCUGACUCUGAGUUUUAUUUCCGAUCAUCGACAAAAGAGGACUGACUAACAGACUGUAAAAUCUCUACUUUGGUGUCUUGACAAGACAUUUCAUAGCUCACCGUUUUGCUGAAUAUUCUAACAACAAAGACACACCGUCACACAGCUGUGUUACACAUCUUCAUAUCUGAUCUCAUUUCCAGCCUAUAAUUGCUUGACUGAGGAUCUACUUGAGUAGAUUAUAAUGUUUAGUCUGACCCAAAUUGUUCACAUUAAUGUUAAGGCAACAAUUUAUUUAUUCAAGCAAGUCAUGGAACAAUAAUUUAAGAAAAAGACAGAUGAAGCUUUAUUAAUCCUAAUCCAGUUUUCCACCACUGUACACACACACACACACACACACACACACACAGGCCUAUACAGGUUUGGUGCCCAGGACACUGGCAACUCCACAGCUACUAGUCCACGCACUUUUAAUUUUUUCGACCGGCCGGGCGGGACUUGAACCGGCGACCUUCAGUUUCCAAGCCAAGAUACCUACAGACUGAGCUGCGUAGCCAAAAGAGUCUUUUUUUUUUUAGGCAGACAAACUGUAUGCAUAUUUCACAAUCUUAUAUCUCUUGGCAAUUCAUUAAAUAAGCGACAUACCCAUACAGAUGUCUUCAAAGUCUCUAUGGUAAAGAGGGUUAGUGCAAGCAAUCUGUUAUUUUACACUUUACAUACGUGUUGGAAAGACUGAUUUACCUCUCUCUAUUUUAUCAUGUGUUUAAGCAGUGUUAUGGUGUGUAUAUAACUCGGAGCUAUUUAUUUGCAGAGCUGUUUGGCUGAUGACUUUGACUGCAUUGGAGCGUUGUUUUUCACAUUUUACCCGCAUGCUAACUUCAGUGUAUUUUUAGUGUUUCAAGAAACGCAACAAUUUCCCACGUAUUGGCACGUGUCCCUGCAUGUUUUACUCCAUCACACACCCUUACAUGCAUACAGUGUGCCAAUCUCACAUACAUUGUAACUCAAUCACACACAUCUACAUAGCCAUAAACGGUUCUGGUCCCAGGGUGCAGUGCGUCUCCCAUGGUGCACUGUAAUAGAAGCUCCAGGUGGUCUCUGAUUGGCUUGGAUCACCGAACAUCCCUCAGAGAGCUUCUUGUCGGCGUCUCAGUGGGGGUUACGCUGCAGAGGCCCUUUUGAGUGGUGUUUUGCUUUUCUUCCUCGUAGGAAGAACACAGUUUAUGCCGGUAACGUGAGAUUUAGAGGAAAUAAAGGAAAUUGAGUCAA